UAUUUUCUUCCGACUUCCACAGGUCGUGUGAGCGGAAUCAGCUGCCACGCGUUUUAAUGUAUGUUUUUAAUCGCUGUAGAUUUAAUGCUUUUGAUGCGUCAUUGUAGUUUAAGUAUUAUGGUCCGUGUUCGGUAGUGCCUCCAGGCAAAACUGUUACAUGUAGAGGUAAUAUGAUUAUAAGAUAAAACGCUUGUCUUUUUAAAACGUAGACAAAUAGUUUUGAAAACAUGUUCUUUUAUUAAACUGAAAAUAUUUUUAAAUGACUUCGGGAAGCAUGAACACGACAGAGUUUCUGGACUUGGAGCUUGACACUCAAAAUUGUGAUGAAGUGAAGCAGGAGAAAACACUUCCUGCUGGUUUGAGAAAAUACUACAACUUCUGCAGGAGGAAGUCAUUCGCCACCUUUGUGAAAUCCAAGAGAGAAAGCAGUCAGAAUGAAGGAAGUUCAUCUUGGUUCUGCUGCAAUCAGAUCUUCAAAGAACACACAUCCAUUCACAAACAUGUUGCAAAGUGUCACAAUGCUGAAAUAAAGCAGUUGACACUUUCUGCAUAUGAGUGUUUGUUGAAUCAACUAGAGAAGGAAGCUGAAAGUAUGCAGCCCAAAGAGCAGAAAGCUGAUGAUGAGGAUGUUUCUGCAUGGAUACCCAACAUCAGUCAUAUCUCUGAGGAGCUGUUGCAAAAGGGACCUGGAAAAGUUCUCCUCUACUAUCACUACUGUAAAGUGGAAAAUCCACAUGUCGUCUGGGCUUGGCAGAAAGCUUUGUGCGAAAAACUCCACUUAACUGGCAAGGUGAGAGUGGCGACAGAAGGCAUCAAUGGAACAGUUGGUGGAACAGACAUGGCCAUUGAUGUUUACAUCAGUGCAAUGUGUUCAUUUCCUGUCUUCAAGAUGGAUAAAGAUGAUUUUAAGACCAGUGAUGGUGGUGCGAAGUGUUUCACAGACCUCAGGGUCGGCGUCUAUAAAGAAAUAGUUCCAAUGGGAGUGAAUCCUGAGGUCAUCACCUACGAGUCAGCAGGACUUCAUCUGGAACCUGAAGAGUUUCACAAAGAGGUUGAAGAUUUUUUAACUAAAGGCGAUUUAUGCAACAACACCGUCCUCCUCGACUGCCGGAACUUCUAUGAGAGUAAAAUUGGGCAAUUCACUAAUUGCCUGGCUCCGGACAUCCGUAAGUUCAGCUACUUCCCUGACUACGUGGACCAAAAUCUGGAAUUGUUCAGAAACAAAAAAAUUCUCAUGUACUGCACAGGAGGAAUCCGCUGUGAGCGUGCCUCUGCGUAUCUUCGCUCAAAGGAAGUAUGUAAAGAAGUUUACCAGCUGAAAGGCGGAAUCCACAAAUACCUGGAACGUUUCCCAGAUGGAUUUUAUCGUGGAAAACUCUUUGUGUUUGAUGAACGUUACACCAUCUCCUCCAACACUGAUGUCAUCUCAGACUGCAGGUACUGUGGUCGGCCCUGGGACCAGUACCAACUCUGUUCAACUCAGUUGUGCUACCAGCUGGUUCUGUCCUGUCCCAGUUGCAGGGAGGAUGAACUUACCGCCUGCUGCCCUACCUGCCAAACCAAAGGACAGACCCAGAGUCUGGCCUCUACUGCUCCACACCUCAAAGAAGAGUGCGAGUGCACUGACAGGCGUCCCAGAAUCCCUCAGGAUGUGUAGAGAGACAGUGAUGACUACCUGCAUCUGCAUGAAAAUAAAUGCAAAUGAGAUGUCAUUAAGGAUGAUCAUUUUAAAUUGUUGGUCUUUGUAAUACAAAUAAUUGUUUUUACAAACCGGAGAAAGCAUAACUGUCAUGCUAGUGAUAUCAUAUUUGCAUACUCGUAAAAGUUAAACUGUAGCAGUAUUUUGUUGUCCGGUAUUUUUGUUUUUACCAUUCUGGGUCUGCAAAUUUGUCUUUAUUCUUUUGAACGUGGAGGGUAGCCAAAAUGUACAUGUUACUCUCUCUUUUUGAGUUAAUUACAUAAUAUAUAUAUAACAGUAUUAAUAAUAACAAUAAUAAAUUAUAAAA